CCGGCCCGGGCCCCGCCGCCGCUCGCUCCUUCCCUCCCUGGCGGCUGAAGCCGGCGGCAUGGCUGUGUCCUGCAGGAGCUGGCUGGCCAACGAAGGGGUUAAACACCUCUGCCUGCUCCUCUGGAUGUCCCUGAAUGCCCUGCUUUUUUGGAAAACCUUCAUGCUUUACAGACAAGGACCGGAGUAUUACUACAUCCACGAGAUGCUGGGCCUAGGAUUGUGUCUAAGCAGAGCCUCUGCAGCUGUUCUCAACCUCAACUGCAGCCUUAUCCUUUUACCCAUGUGCCGGACUCUCCUGGCCUAUCUUCGAGGAUCACAGAAGGUUCCAAGCAGGAGAACCAGAAGGUUACUGGAUAAAAGCAGGACAUUCCAUAUAGCAUGUGGUGUAACUAUCUGCAUUUUCUCAGGUGUGCAUGUGGCUGCCCAUCUGGUGAAUGCCCUCAACUUCUCAGUGAAUUACAGCGAAGAUUUUGUUGAGCUGAAUGCAGCAAGAUACCGAGAUGAGGAUCCUAGAAGACUUCUUUUCACAACUUUGCCUGGCCUGACGGGGGUCUGCAUGGUGGUUGUGCUCUUCCUCAUGAUUACUGCCUCGACCUAUGCAAUAAGAGUUUCUAAUUAUGAUAUCUUCUGGUACACUCAUAACCUCUUCUUUAUCUUCUACAUGCUACUGUUGUUACAUGUUUCAGGAGGGCUGUUGAAGUAUCAGACCAAUUUAGAUACUCACCCUCCUGGCUGCAUCAAUCUUAACAGAACACCCUCACAGGACAUUUCGUUACUGGAGUAUCGCCCAGAACACUUGCAUGUGCCUUUGUCAGGAGCAGUCUCAAAAUCAGAAGAGCCUAAUGAGAACACAUUUGUGAAGAUCUGUCUGGAAGAGCCCAAGUUCCACGUGAAUUUUCCACAGACUUGGCUGUGGAUUUCUGGAACUUUGUGUCUAUACUGUGCUGAGAGACUUUAUAGGUGUAUCCGGAGCAAUAAGCCUGUAACCAUUGUCUCAGUGAUAAAUCAUCCCUCAGAUGUCAUGGAAGUCCGAAUGGUUAAGGAAGAUUUUAAAGCAAGACCUGGCCAGUAUAUUAUUCUACAUUGUCCCAGUGUGUCUGCAUUGGAAAACCACCCAUUUACCCUCACAAUGUGUCCUACUGAAACCAAAGCCACAUUUGGGGUACAUCUUAAAGUAGUAGGAGACUGGACAGCCUCGCCUACUCCAUCCUUCUGUUCUUCUAUUAAAAACUACCUCAGAAAUGAGAACAUGGUCAGGCUUUAUAUUGAUGGUCCAUUUGGAAGUCCAUUUGAGGAAUCACUGAAUUAUGAAGUUAGCCUUUGUGUGGCUGGAGGCAUUGGGGUCACUCCAUUUGCAUCGAUACUCAAUACCCUGCUGGAUGAUUGGAAACCAUACAAACUUAGAAGACUGUACUUUAUUUGGGUGUGCAGAGACAUCCAGUCCUUCCGUUGGUUUGCCGACCUACUUUGUAUGUUGCAUAGCAAGCUUUGGCAAGAAAACCGUCCCGACUAUGUCAACAUCCAGCUGUACCUCAGUCAGACAGAUGGGAUACAGAAGAUAAUUGGAGAAAAAUAUCAUGCACUGAAUUCAAGACUUUUUAUUGGACGUCCUCGAUGGAAGCUUCUGUUUGAUGAAAUUGCAAAAUGUAACAGAGGGAAAACAGUUGGUGUUUUCUGCUGUGGACCUAGUUCAAUUUCCAAGACUCUUCAUAUUUUGAGUAACCAGAGUAACUCAUAUGGGACAAAAUUUGAGUACAACAAAGAAUCUUUCAGCUGAAACCCUCCGAAGUAUACCCGGACUCUAAGGAUGGAACGAGUGCAAUUUUUAAGACUUGGAAACUCAGCUGAAUCAAACAGCUGUGUUGUGCCAAAGAAUAGCAAUGUUUUCUUAUUUAUGAUUAUUUAAAAUGAAGAUGCAGAGAAUGCAGCAAGAAGCCAAAGAGAUCCAGAAGAAUGGUUGGCAUGGUGAUUCACCUUUUGAUGCUCAAAUUAAAAUAUGCUGUUAUAUGCAUGCUGUUGAUUUUUAUGGCAAAGCCACUAACUCCCUGGUGAGAAACUCAGCUUGCUUAUGGUGAAGCUGACAGCCACGGUCCUCUUUAAAUUGUUUUUGGCUGAGCAAAUGCAUGCUCCAACAAAAUUAAAAAUUCAUUGAAGCUCUGAUUCCAUUUACAACAUUGUGUGUAAAUGGAGUAGCUUUAAUUUGGAGGAGUUCCAGGCAGAUAGGUUCAGUGUUUGGAAAUGAAACACAGAACUUUGUAUUGAUACGGGUACUUUGUGUCCAUAUCUAAUCUUGCUCACUACUGAUGCUAAUGCCUCCAUGUGAUGUUUGUAGCCCAUUUAUCACUAAAACUUCUUUCAAUGUUGGUAUAUACUAAUGUUUCUAUUUUCCUUUAUCUAGGGAAAUGUGCCCUUCUUUAACACAAUAAUUUACUUGGUCCUUCCUACCUAAAUCUAGCCACUAAAUCCACUACUACUGCAUUAGUAAUGAAAGUAUCAUUACUAAGACUUAUAAAGGGAUAUCAUGUUUUUCUUAUUUAGCAUUUUUCCUCUAUUGGUAUUUCUUUCACUUUUAUCCUUCAGAUUUAAUAUGUCUUUUUUCCUAUCAGGUAACAGACAUUGAAAUACAAAGUCUCAUUGCUUUAUUGCAAAUUGGUUUGUAAAGGAGAAAGUCACAUUUCUGAAGAGGAACCAUAUAUUUUGCUUUUUACAUAAGUAGAACUACUUCAUUAUUUAUUGAAAUUUAACUUUGGAAUCAUUAAUACUUUUGCACUGUUUGAUAUAGUGGUGAACCAUUGUAUUUCAUUCAAUAUUGAGAGUAUGCUGUGUGAUCUCUUCCUUUUAUGAUCACUCACUACUAUAUUCCUGACUCAGAAGAAAAACCUGUUUGACUACCUUGAGAAUUAAAGCACUCAGCUUCUUGAUCUUAUUUAGUAGGUAUUUAUUACUUGCCACCAAAUAUAACAUGUUGCUGAAACCAGCACUUUCUUGCCUUGCCUUAGAUAAGCUUCUGCAUAUAGCAUAAAAAAAAAAAAAAACUUCAUAGAUGCUACUCUUAUUUUGUGGUAAAAUUCACUGCAAUGAGACAAGCAUGCUAAGCCAUCAGGCACCAACCGACCAUGUGCACGUUUUUAUGUACAUGACUCUUCUCUUUGGAAUUUUACUCCUUCUGUGGAAAGUAGGUGACUUAGAAAAGGUGAUGAUGGGAGAAGUGCAAUACUCUUGCAUAUUGAGCUCUGGAGAUAUAUCUAACAGCCAGCACACCUUGACAACAUAUCCAAAAUUAUAAAGAAUUUUCAUGAAAACAUGUAACAGAAAAACAACAACAACAACAAACAGUAAGAAGAAACUUGAGAUUAUCUAGGCCUGACAUGUAAUACCGACUCUUCACUGGUCAUAACUUACUUAUGCGAUUGUAUUAAAACAUCAAUUUCAGUACUACCGGUAGAGUACUUUCCUAUGGAAAACUGCAAUGUAUACAGCAGAACUUUGUGGAUGAACUUCCUUGCCUAUUAUAAAUUCCACCACAGUUCAAACAUCUAUUUGUUAAUCUACUAGUUCAUUUUUAACAAGAGUAAAAUUAAAGCUUUAUCAUGUAUAUGUAACACA